AUGGCUUCCAAACUGCAAGACCACAUCGAUGCCCUGCACACCCUUCCACUGGCCGAGGCUAUUCCAGCAAUCGCCGACCUGACACCAGGCCUCACAAGCGUUGUCCCUCAGGAAUACGGCUACUUUGUCCAACACCCCGACUACGAAGGGAUCGGCAAUCUCAACAACGUCGGCGGCCUGUGGCUGAAACUCGGAUCGCAAUGUUACGACGACCAUGCCUCCCUCGAAGUGCGCCUUGUCCACACUUCCCUGGACGAUCUGAUAUACGACGUUUAUUGCACGAGCUAUGAUAUGUUGAGUAAAGGGCUCGCUGAUGGGACCGUGGCACCUCCCGCCCCCAAUGAGAAUCCCGGUUACUGCGCCUGCUGUAGCGGUGAGCCCGACGCCACCAUCUUGGCUUGUUUUCAUGAGCGGCAGGCGUUGUGGUUUACCAAGGAGGAAUACAGUGCGCUCUGGGGGGAUGAACCGAAUUCGGGGGAGAGGUUUGGUAAUGGAAAUGGCUGGGUGAAGCAUAGUAUCAAUGCGAGCAAGGAGCAGCUUGAGGAGGCUCUGGCCAGGAACCCGGCUGUUGGUAUUCCAAGUUUGCUUUAG